ACGAUUCUGCGUAGUUCAUGCCCGAAGACAGUUGCACUGUCUGCUGAUCGCUCGUCUGCGAUAUUCUGCUGUGUAGCAUCUCCAACGCGUGAGCGCAAUUUACAUAACUCACUCUCAACAUGUCUGUCGGAACGACGGUGUACAACCUUUUGCUCAAGAGGAGCUCGACGUUCACGGUGACGAUGCUCGCGAGUGCUUUCUUCUUCGAGAGAACCUUCGACAUGAUCUCCGAAGGUCUUUUCCGCAGUAUCAACAAAGGAAAACUGUGGGACGACAUCAAGCAUAAAUACGAGCAGUAAAAUGUGUAUUGUUAAAUAUUAUUUAGUUCAAUUCAGAUGCAUGUGCUAAAGAUGUAAAAUAAACAAGUUAAAUAUCUUUUUUGGAA